AUGGUCUUCAUCUUCGGCGUCAACUUCCCCGACUCCCGCCUCGUCGCCCGCUCCCUCCAAACCUUCUACGGCAUCGGCCCCCAGCUGCGCGCCCAAAUCAUGGCGAAGACUAGCAUCCACUCGACAGCCAAAAUCGGCUCCUUGAGCGACAGACAAACGCAAGAACUAAGCGCGGAACUGAGUACAAUGACGCUGGAGAACGAUUUGAGACGGCAGAUGCGGGAUAAUAUCAAGCGGUUGCGGGAUAUGGGGACGUAUCGGGGUAGGAGGCAUGCGAUGGCAUUGCCGGUUAGGGGGCAGAGGACUAGGACGCAGGGAGUGGUGUGGUGGGCGGGUGCUAAUGGGGAAUAG